AUGACUGAAAAAUUGUUUGUUCGAAUAGUUCGAAAAUUCGAAUCAAAGCGUAGUAACGGGAAGAUGCAAAACUGCGAGGAACAGAAGUACGGAAUUCGGAAAUUAGAGAUCUCAGACAAGGGCAAAGGCUUCAUCGAGUUACUGCAGCAACUCAGCGUUUGCGAUUCUGUCUCUGACAAAGAAUUCGAGGAUCGAUUUCGAGAGCUCAGUGCUGUCGGAGAUGACCACGUUAUUGGCGUGAUUGAAGACGAGGCUUCUGGAAAGAUCAUUGCGACAGGGAGCGUAUUUAUUGAGAAGAAAUUUAUGAGAAAUUGCGGCAAAGUUGGGCACAUUGAGGACGUUGUUGUGGAUUCCAGCGCUCGUGGGAAGCAUUUGGGAAAGAGAAUCAUCAACUUCCUCACGGAGCAUGCGCGUUCCAUGGGAUGCUAUAAGGUGAUUCUUGACUGCAGCGUCGAAAAUAAGGCAUUCUAUGAGAAAUGUGGCUUCCAGCAGAAAUCCGUUCAGAUGGCUCUGUAUUUUGCUGACCACUAG